GUUUGGGAUCUGCAACUGGGUUCUGAAGUAUGUUUUUGUGUCGGACUUUGUUGUCGGAGGCUACUUUGAUUUGUAGGUAAAAGAGUAGUUAAUAUAGGUUUUUUGUUAAAUCCAAAUCUGGUCACUCUUAAUCUGCCAGGACUUGUUCUUUUUUUUACAAGGUCUGGUAGCUCUGCAUAAUAUGUGUAGGAGCAUUUAAAAAUUUCCUGAAUAGAUGGAGUACCCCAUUGGCAUCCAACGGCACCCUAAUCUUUUCCUCUUCUGUGUAUUUUCAGCUAGCCUAAUCACUUUUUGAGCUUUCGUUUGCUUUAUUCCACCCAAAAGAACUCUUCCCCAUUUCAGCCUGCUUUUUAGUUCAGUUCAGUCCAUUGACCAGGCAUUGUGUAGAUUUGGACUUGGACCUGUUCUUGGUCUUGAGAUUUCUUUGCUUUUCUGGUGUUGCUUUCUCACAAUUAAUUUGGCGAUUUAGUUAGUUCCUCUUUCUGUAUCUCGGCCCAAUUAAGGGCUUGCUUUUGUUCUUUUUUUCGAUUUUGAUUGAUGCAUUUCGUACGAGGACGUGAUCGUCCUGCUCCUGCUCGAGUUAUCCGCACUACUCGUACGAGACUUCACUUAAUCAAACUUCAAGUUGUGUUUCAUUUGCAUUCCACGCUGCUUUUUUGUUGGCAAAGCAACAAAUGGUGCGUAAGAAAUGCUUUAAUAAACAGGGAACCAGUUUACUUCCAUUUUUUUGUGGGGGAAAGAUGGUAGUUUGUUUUCCGGGCCAUUUGGCUGGAAAGUCUUUAAGUUGGCCCGCAUAUAUGGCUGAUCGGCAGGAUGGAGGGCACCGGAGGUGUAGUUUUCCGAGGGGCCGCACAUCUAUUCCGUUUGUUUAAGGGCUUAGAAAUAUUUUAGCCGGGGUGGUGCAGAAAAAUAUGUUUGCAGCAGUUGGAAACAAACGAGCGAGCAAACGAGUUGAGUAAAUCAAGCCGCACUUCCUCUUCCAGCUGGAGCUCGCUGCCCAUGCCGCAAAAAAGGAGGCUCCUGAAAAGCACCCCAAACCCCUCCCAAAGAGCACCAAAAAUCCCCAUCCUGCCCUUGCUUGUCUGCUGUCUACUGUCUGCUUUCUAACUGAAUGAAAGCCUUGGCUCGUUGACUGAUUUCGAAUGGAUUUUCCACGCUUUGCAUGUGUGUGUGCCUCAGUGUUUCACUGUUCGAGUGUCCCAGUGUGUUUCACUGUGUCUGUGUGUGUGUGUGUGUGUGAGGCACAAAAUCCCGUAGGUGCAAAAUAGCGCACUCCAGGCAACGAAGCAUGUGCACAUUUGUGUUUUUUUUUUUCGUUUUCAUCCUUUUUUGCCGACGCUGUGUUCGUCCUCUGCUCCUUUUUGUGUUUCAUUUGUUUUGUUUCAUUUUUCACAAUGAACAACAGAAUUAAGGGGUAUCACGGGCAUAUAGGCUAUUUAAUUUUGAAUUAAAAUGAUUAGAAACCUCCUCAUUUCUGUUGCUAUCACAAUAGGAAUGCUUUGAAUCCCGAAACAAGCUUAUAAUGAAGAAACUAAAUAUGAAAAUGUGAUUCGAAAAACCCACUAAAUUAUUGAAAAGAUCGAAAAUUGACUGCUUAUAGAUUCCAUAUUUAUUGUUUAUCUAUUAUUGCUUUAAGAACCAACGACAUGCAGAUCAUUAUGCAGGUCGAGUAACCCGGAACUUACUCAUUUUUUUUUGGCCUGGUCCUCGACUGAGGUUGCAUUGUGCCCAUUGUUGUUGCUGUUGUUUAAGAAACAAGUGGCAGAAGGCGAAACAGAAGACGGAGGGGAGAAGGCGGAGAAAUGGUUGAAGGAGGUGGCAAGGAAGAAGGGGCAAAAUUGUGCGGCAAAAUAAAUAAACAAACGUUUGGACGGACGCACUUCUGGGAUUGGUUUGCGAUGUAAUGGAGUGGGGCUGGGCUCUUCCCGGCGUUAUUUGUUUCCACCUUUUUUAUUUUUCCAGCGAUGUGCUUAAGCGGAAAACAACAUUUUGCUGCUGGUGUUGCAGGUUGCAGAUUGCAUGUUGUAUGUUCCCAGUUGCGGCGGCUGCUACUGACAUCCAGCGAACUUAUUGAGGAGUUAAGCUAGAAGCAUUUUAAAAAUUGGAUCAUAAGACAGGGCACGGAAUGGAGAUGCAGGCAGAUUUGGCGGACACUCUUUGGCCAAUGCUGCGUAUACGUGAUAUGGCGUAUACUCUAUUUUGGUGCACUCUAAAGAAAUGUGAUGAUAAUCAUGGAAUCCUAUCGAGACAAAGAGACGAGAAAGAGGAAAUAAACAUACAAGCAAGACGGGCAUAAGCUGAUUGCUUCAGUUUGUAAUUUACUCGUCCCCAGACGAUGUCUACAUAUGUACAUAUCUAUGUAUGUAUGUAGUUAUGUUGCGGCGGGCCCAUGACUUGAUUUCUGAUCAUAUAUCAAAGCUGACCGUGAACGGAAGUCCCUACAACAGCUGUUCGUGUCUGUGUGCUGGUUUCCUGUUGAUUUCCUGUCUUGCCAGCUGCUCAAGUGCGUAUGUGUGUUGUAUAUGGGUUCCUGUUCCUGAGAGCUGAGUAAUGUCCCCUUACUGAAUAUUGCCCAGUGCUGGGAAAACCCCAUUCUCAGCCCAUAAAGUAUUUAAGUUCUCAAAUACUUAUGAAUACUGGUAUGCACACGUGUUGGACAAUUAGGAAAAUUGUGUCCAAAGAAAACACAUUUUCGCUUCCAAUUAAAUUAUUUCUCCCAUUUUUUGGUUAGUGCAUUAACCCUUCGGUUUGGUGUCCCAUUCCGGUUUUUGUCAUUCGCUUAGCACAGCAAAUUAGCAUUCAGCCAACAUGUGCUCAGCUGUCAGUCUUGAAAAGUUCCUCCCCUGUUUCCCCGCAUUUUCCGGCUAAGUGUGUCACAUUAAAUGAUACGCAACACUUGACGCCAAAAUGGGAAAAAGAAGAAAACUAAAACAGAAAGUCAAGGAAAUAGAGGAAAAUAGGGGGCAAAGAUAAACGAGUUGGUUUAUUAAUGAGUUGAUGGCGGGAAAUCAAUAGGGGCACUAUGCAACUAUAUAUGCUACUGGGUAACUCGUCGUUUGAUAAUUGGGAAUGUAAUAACUAAGAAAAUAUAUGAUAUUUUUCGACUCUAAACAAAGGGUUAUUUUGCUAUGGAAUGUAUGCAAAUAUAGGACCACAAAACGGAAGUUGAUUUCAAGUUUCUGCAGGCCGAGGGAAAGACAAAGGUUUUAUGGAAAGGCAAAGGAAAAAAGGAUAAAAAAUAAAAGCGUCGGGGAAAACAAAAAGCAGUUGACUCAAGACAAACAAACAAGCAGAGGCCAAGUCAAGAGGUGACAGGAAACAGCAGGCGGAACGUGCUCAAGUUCGGGCGGCACAGAUGAGCUGGACAAGUAGGCACUACGUUUUCCCCCAGUUAACACGUCAAGCUGAGACAUUCGAUUUCGAAAUUACCCCCGCUCGACACCACACCGAAAUUCCUAGUAAAAACUGAGAGCGACGGAUCGAAGAAGAGAUUGAGAUUUGUUUAGCCAAAAUAGUGAAAUUAUGCCCAAGUCCAAGCAGAUAUCGCCAACAAAAGCGGCUACAAAACCGCUUAGCACCAAGAAGCCGCAGCCCAAAGUCAAAAGUGUCGGUAAGACCAAGCCGAAAGUGCAGCAGAAGUCCGUGAAGAAAUCCGUAAGGAACCCGCUCAAGAAACCCAUGAGACGAUCUCCGCUGAUGCGAGCCGCCCUGCAGCCCACGAUUUUGGGCUUGGCCAAGGAAAAGCCGGUGAAAAAGUCGCGGGUGACCUUCAAGAAGUCGCAUCGUCGGCCGCUGGACGCCCUGCAAUCCCUGGGGAUGUCCCGCAGGACCAAACUCAUCGACGCCAGUCCCAAGAGAACGGCCAAGGGUACUUCGGUGCUGUUCCUGGGUAAGGAUUCAAGGACCACCAAGAUGCCCAAGAAUGUGAAGACCUCAACGGCAGCAAGCGAAAAAAAUCAGUUACCCCGGUUGAAAAGACGGAUGGAAUUCCGAGUAAUGACGAAAGACGAGACUAGGGCUACCGACGGCGUAAACUUCUUCUGCAAUCUCGGCGUAAAGAUGCAGCCGCCGGUGACUCGGAAGUAUCAACCGCUGCGACAACGAGGUGAAGCAGGAUUUGAGGGUAGAUUGGCAGGUGGAGAAGGUACUGGACUGGGUGACUUCGCUUUGCGGACACCAGUGAGAACUCAGCCUUCUGGUCUGACAUCCCUGGUCGGUAAAGUCGCCGGUACCGGCGCGUUCGGCAAUGAUGUGCUGGUCCCGCUGACCGGCCGGUUGCCCAUCAUCGACUUUAUCUCUACCAAAGAGUUCCAGAAUAUGUCUGCCGCUUCGAACUGGAAACCGCACUCUCGGAAAAAUACCCAUUUAUAGACGAUCAAAGAGUGGCGAGUGUUUAAUGAUAAGAGACGAGUGGAUACGUAUAUAAUUGGUAAAACGCUUUUGCGGCUUCGUCAUCCUUUAAUUUUCAAGUCUUAUUUAUCCGUAAAUUUAAUGGAUUUAAGUUAGUUUUUCCCAAAUAUUAAAAACAAAAUAUAAUACAGGACAAGUGCACAUCGCACAUAAUAAGAAGACUUAAAUUGUUCAA